CUGAAAAGGUUGAUAACUUAAAUUGGCAGCUAUAGAUAUGACAAUGCCGAAAGGUUCUAGUUUGGAAGUUUCCAUUGAGGAGGUCUACUCUGCUACAAACUAUCUAAAUGAAUCAAACUUCAUCGGUGAGGGGACAGCAGGAAGGGUGUAUAGAGGAAUUCUCUCAAAUAAUCAGGAGGUUGCAAUCAAACACAUAAUCCAUGAAGAAUGUAUUGAAACAUUCCUCAGGGAAGUCAGAAGCCUAACUAAUGUCCGACAUCCAAACCUUGUAGCGUUGCUUGGCUAUAGCAAGAAUGCAAAAGAAUGUUUCCUAAUUUAUGAAAUUUGUCCCAAUGGCAAUCUCUCUCAGUGGCUCUUUGCAGAUGAUAGAGUACUAUCGUGGAUCCAAAGGCUUGAGAUUGCCAUUGAUAGCGCUAAGGGACUCUUGUUUCUUCACACCUAUCAUGAAGGAAGUUUAAUCCACCGCGAUAUAAAGGUAGAAAAUGGUUAUGAAUUCACCUCACUGGACAUUCCUGAAAUCAAUUGCUUUGUAUUAACUCCACAGCCUACUAACAUACUCUUAAGCCAGAAUUUUGAAGCUAAGCUUUCUGAUUUCGGAUUGUCCAAGGUGCUAGACAUUGAUGAAUCCUACAUGAUCUCAGAAGUGAGAGCCACCUAUGGCUAUGUCGGCCCUGAAUAUGAAACUAACCACCAUGUAAAUUCAGCAGGUGAUGUCUAUAGUUUCGGAAUAGUACUUCUGCAGAUCAUCUCCGGAAGGAAAGUUAUCAAUAUGGACAUGGACCAACCAACGCGGUUGGACAAAAUUGCGAAAUCACUGAUGAGGGAAAGAAGGGCUAUGGAAUUUGUUGAUCCAAAACUUCAUGGAGAUUACUCAUCAAACGCUUUCCAGCUUACGCUGGAGCUAGCUAUUUCUUGCAUUGCACCAAAGCAACAAAGACCCUCCAGUGAGAAAGUUGUUGACAAACUGGAGAAGGCCUUGGCUAUAACAAGAAGGGAAAAAACAUCAACACCUCACUCUACACCAGUGUGUGGUUUUCAUACUCUAGGAACAAUGUAGAACAAUAGUCGAAAAU